AUGGACUCGGCCCACCGAGCCGCCCUGCUCGCGGCCUCCUGCCUCCACACGCCGGUAGACCCGCGCACCAGGGCACCGGUCGCGCUUUACGAGAGGGAGACCGGAAGGGCCGCGCCGGGGGGCGGUGAGCGGCAGGAUAGUUUGAGUCCUGAGAGACAGCAGCGUUCUACUGGGCAUGCCGAUUGCAGAGACUGGAUAGACCUCUCCAAAAUGUACCUUUCAAAUCAAGAAUAUUAUUUAAAGCUGGAAGAGCUUAAGUACGCUCACCUGGAGACCAUGGCAAAAUUGGAAAACAUGUAUCGGAAUAAACUGUAUCUAAAAGAUGUUCAACCUUUAACAAAUGAGGAUGUGACCCAUAGUAUGAAUGACAGAUCUUGGGAGCCAAGCCCUUUUCAACCUCAGAAUAUGUGUAAAUCAUUUUCUGAGCCUGAUUUGAACAAUUCUUUUCAUUCAGAUUUAUCUCAUAUAUCUGAUAAAGCAUUAGAGUUAGAAGAAAAUGACAUUGAAGACAGAUCACUAACAUUUGGUAAGGAGCAAGCUGAAAAUUCAUGGGAUGGGUCGUCUUUGGAGGACUAUUCUCACUGCAACCAAAGUAUUUUAUCCAAAUUACAGACUUUGAGGAAGAGCAGGAGGAAGAAAAAAAAGUGGUCCCCAAAGAUCACAAUACCUGAGCCUUUUCAGAUGACUAUCAGAGAAGCUAAGAUAAAACAACUGAACAUAAAGUCAAAGUCACUGAUUGAACUGGAAAAUAACUUGCUGAAGAAAGAAUUGGAGGAGGAAGCAGAAUGUCAAAAGAAAUUCCGAGCCAAUCCAGUGCCUGCUUAUGUCUUUGUCCCUCUCUAUCAUGAUAUUAUGCAGCAAAAUGAAGAACGUAGAAAGUCACUAAGAGAGAGGAGGCAAGCGGUCCUUCUAGCCACACAAAAGCCAUUUCAGUUUAUUGAGCGGGAAGCACAAAAGAAAGAAAUGAAGAAAAUGCAGUUGAAGGACGUUUCUUCACCAGAAAAGAAAGCAAAAGUAUUCAGAGCAAAGCCAGUUCCUAAAUUUGUUUAUAGUUCAGAAAUUAAUGAGAAGCUAAAGGAAGAAGAGCUUUAUAGAGAUAUUAGAAUUCAGAUGAGAUCAGAAGAGCUUCUGCGCAAUUCGUCUCUCCCUAACAGCAGGUUAGGAAACAGAGGCAUUAAUAAGAAUGGGCAGCAAAAUCAUCUUGAGCUUACUAAAGGAGUGGAACACAAACCAAAGACAAAAGCCAAGGUCCCAGAUUUUGAAAUUUUACAUCAAAAAUUCCUGAAGCGGCUUAAGAGACAGAAGAAUGUGAAACACAUUACAGCCUGUGAACCCUUCAAUCUCUGUACACCAAAUAUAGCAUCCAACAAAGAGAAAAUUCUUGAGGACAUUCAAAUGGAUGAAGAACAAUUAAAGGAAACACGCUGGCCCUAUGCUUCUUCAAGAGCCAAGCCUCAAAUGAGGUCUUUGAAUGCAAAUUCAUCUCCUUCAGGCUGUGAAGAAUCUGUAUCUCCAAGAAUUACAGAAUCUACAAGACGACGACUACAAGCAGUCAGGAAACAUGAAAAGCAGAGAAUGAAAGAAUAUCUCCAGGAGCUGGAAGAAAUGGAAGAAAGGGUGCAAAAGAGGCCACUGUUGUUGGAACAAGCUACACAGAAAAAUGCACGCAUAGCAGCUGAGAAGCAUUACUCUGAUAUUCUUCGAGAGCUGGGACUAUGUGAAGAGUUUGUUUCAAAGAAAGGUGAAACAGCUACAGAGAUGCUUUUGCAGGACCAUUCCAGUGGAGGCUCUGACAUUUUGACAGCAGACGGCGAAAGUGAUCAUGAAAAUGAAGCGGGAGAUAGAGAAUCUGAGAGAGAAUGGGAGAGGUCACAACUCCAUUCUGCCCAGUCCUGUGGAGAGGAGGAGGAUGAUGAUGAGGAGAAUGUGGAAGCCUCUGAAGAGGAGGUGGACAUGGAGACUCAGCCAGAUCACGAUGGCCAGGAUGCUCCUGAGUAUGACAGUGAAAACAAUGAACAAAGUGCCACAGAAAAAUCCAGUGAUGAUGAAGGCUAAUUGAAAUACAUGGCUGCUUCCAUGUUGCGUGGGUUUUGGUGUUUUGAAUUUAUUCUGUUGCUCCAAAUAAUAUAAGAGAGGGGUCAAAUGGGGCAACUGG